GCAUCUUUAAAAGGAGGCCAGCAAGGUCUGAGCCAGGAACAUAAUCUCUCUGACUCCCACCAAGAGCUGCUGUGGCCACUGCCUCUCCCUGCAGGACCACUGCCUCGCAAAGCCUAUACAAUGUGUAACCGAUUUGUGGGCGCCUGGAAACUCAUCUCCAGUGAAAAUUUUGAUGACUAUAUGAAAGAAUUGGGAGUUGGCUUAGCUACCCGGAAACUAGGUGGCCUGGCAAAGCCUAAUGUGAUCAUCAGUAUGAAGGGGGACAUAGUAACCAUCAGAACUGAAAGCACCUUCAAAAAUACAACGAUCUCUUUCAAACUGGGCCAGCAGUUUGAUGAAACAACAGCAGAUGAUCGGAAAGCCAAGAGUGUUGUAACCUUGGAGAAAGGGGCAUUGGUGCAAGUGCAGAAGUGGAAUGGCAAAGACACCACGAUAAAGAGAAGACUGGUUGAUGGGAAAAUGGUGGUGGAAUGUGCCAUGAGAGGAGUUGUCUGCACUAGAGUCUAUGAAAGAGUGUGAAGAAAUUCCCUUUCCACACUGGAGUGGGACUGGCUCAUAAAACUCGGCUUAGUUCAGUGACCAAAGCCUCACGCACUGCGCUUCUUUAUUUUCUUAUUUCCUUUUAUUUGGAAAAUGACUACACUAUAAUUUGAUAUUUCAGAGCCAUAGUAUAACUAAUCCAAAGUAUUGUGGUGAUCCAAUAAAAAGCUUCUGAACAUAUAAAA